CCACUUCUCAGCCAUCUCGAAUUAUCGCAAAAAUUAUGAAGGCUCCAGCCGAAAAGCAGUUCAAGGCAAAAAAUUACGGCCCCUACGAAGCCACCUCACCAAAGUCUUUGAAACCUCCAUCGCUCCCCCACAAACCGAAGUCGAACAGCUCGAGGCCAUCACAGCCGCCCACACCCACAGACACGACCACGGAUGCUUCCGGGCAAUCCACGUACAAGGUUGCCAGAGCAAUUUCCAGUUGUACUCGAUGUAGAUCACGAAAGCAAAAAUGUGAUGGUAAGCUUCCAGCAUGUAGUGCAUGCGAGAGAGCCAAAGUGGAAUGUAUCGGCUUUGACGCGAUAAGCAAAACAAACAUCUCAAGAAACUAUCUGCAUCAGCUUGAACAAGAAGUCGCCUCCUUACGUGCCCAAGUCGCUGCUCUCACUUCAAACGAUCCCAUUGGUCGCACGAAAAAAGGAAUUGCUGCCAGUGCCUCUCAGGCGCUUUCGGCCUAUCGCUCUGACUUCCCUAUUGAUCCAUCCCUCCCCGAUGAUCGAUCCCCACACUCUUCAUAUGACUCUUCCAUCCCUGUUGGAUCCUCGUCCUAUUCUUCUCAACAUCAACGACGACUUUCGGAUUUCCCCUUUUCAUCCACCCCCGCAAACGACUCACCCCGGUCGACUCUUGCUCAUGCGUCUACGUCAAGGCCGCAUCCUACAGGUCAAGCUGCGAGUCUUCAUGCAACAUCCCUUACUAGACUGGUACAUGAUGCUGCGCUCAGAACGGGCCAUGCAACCAACGGAGGCGGGUCGUUAAACCCAUCUGGUUCCAACGCCUCAAGUAGUGAUCGUGGGUCUGUCCAUGGUGGAGUCGAUUCGCCCAUUUUAGGGAUUGAUCGUGAAGAGCCUCGUACCUCGCCUGACAUGGCGUUUACGCCUCUUUCUGGCCAUAAGCGUCACCCGAGUGCAUCACCUCUUGCUGCUUCUGCUACGCUUUCAGUGUCGAGUGGCGGCAGACCCAAACGCAAAAUGACCAUUCCACCUUUGCCGCCUCAGCCAGCUGUCGAAAGGCUUGUUGCAGCCUAUGUCGAUUUUGUCGGUGUUACGGGGCCUAUCAUCCAUAUUCCGACUUUGGGCAAGCAGUUGGUGAAGAUUCGUGAAGGAACGGAUGUGGAGGAAGGCGACAUCUUUGUUGUAAUGAUGGUGCUCGCGUUGAGUACUAUGGCUUCUUCGAGGUUUGUCGACCCGCCAGAAGAAUUGCGAGCAUGUUCCGAGGCUUUCCACGCUGAAGCAUUGAAACACCUUGAUGCUGUCUUCGAGGAACAAAGUUAUGUCAGUCUCCAAGCUAUUCUCCUUCUAGUGUGGUAUUCCCUUCUCAAUCCCGAUAAAGGCUCCAUUUGGUUCCUUGUCGGCCUUGCCACUCGAGCAUGUGUCGAUCUCGGAUACCACAACGAACAUAAUGUUCAGGUCGAUCAGCUCGACGCGCUUGAACUGGAUAUGCGACGAAGGCUGUUUUGGUGUACAUACAAAAUGGACCGGCUGUUGUCACAGUCUUUGGGGAGACCGCCUAGCAUCCCCGAUGGUUUCAUCAAUGUCCCUCUUCCAUCCAAUCUUCACGAUAUCGACAUCCACGCUGGGCAUUACGGCGCGCUCAUUGGCGAACCAUGUUCCUACAAAGCUGUUUUCCUCCAUACCACCAAGCUUCGUCAGCUCCAGUCUGAAAUUCUUUUCAACACUUACGGUGUGCAUGGGUCAACUGGAAUAUUACCGUCGGAUGAAUGGUUUGAUGAUUGUUACGGCAGGCUGAAACAUUGGCUCAAGACUGCUCCGGAGCCAAGAGGAACUGUUUCGACAGAAGGGUUUGAGCUCUCGUUCCACAACUCAUGCUUGUUAUUAUUCCGCCCUUCGCCUGGAUGUCCUCGACCAGGAAGAAAAGCCCUCGCGACGGUACUCACGAGCUCGGGAUAUAUCAUCCGGAUCUAUAGGAGAAUGCAGCUGAAUAAUCGAAUCAGUUGGCUCUGGAUGACCAGUCACUUUUCAUUCAUGGCAGGGUUGUCGUUCCUGUACGCUUAUUUCAAUUUAUACAGUAUGGGUGGAGGGCAUGAUGUGCCUUCGAUUGAUGACGCGAUGAUGGAUAUUGAAUCGUGUCUCGGCGUGCUCGAGUUCCUUGCUCCUCGAGUGCCCUCGGCAGCUGCAUGCCACGACACUAUGCGUACUUUGUCUCAGGCGAUCUUCAAACAGCUCUCCGAUCUUGAUCCCCCUCAUACUACAGUCUCGUCAUCCCCCAACCGCCGUUCCUUGCUUCGUGGUGCGCCAAUCUCCUCAUCUCGAGAAGACCCUCUUCCAAACGUUUUCCCUGCGCCUUUGCCUGCUGUGGCUCUACCGUACGAGCUUUCGUUACUCGACAACUUGUUCCGAAACCCCAUGGCCUCGCAUAACAAGGCGUCCGACUAUACCAGUAACAAGUUGUGCGGCAAGCGCAAGGCCGAAGCUGGGGGGUAUCACCACUCUACACCCUCAAGUAUGCCCUCAAGGGCAUUCCACUUGGCUGGCGAGUAUCCUGCAUCGCAGUCAGUUUCUGGCCAUGGGAAUGGGCCUACUGCAGAUCCUAGUACUGUGAUGGGUACGUUUGGUAUGGCCGCUCACCUGAAUUUGCAUCCGGAAAGCAACUUGUCCGUAUUCCCGCCUUCUAGCGGUCCAAAUUUGUCGACGUUGGCCAACACAGCUGCUGCCGCUGCCGCGGGUUCAUUCGCACCAGCUGGGGAAGGAUCUAAUGGAGCCAUGCUGAAUGUGGAUAAUGAACAGAAUGGGUUUGAUAUAUUUAGCUUUUUGAUGGACGAUGAGGGAGGAUUGGGAACGAAUGGGUUUUCUUUGGAUGUGCCUGCGGAUUUCUCCUUGUGGGGCUAGGCUGGAACUGGGCUGCGGAUAAGAAUCAUGUAUAGGUGUAUCAAUGUAUUAGUAGUAAUUAUAGACGUGUUCUUGAUUUUGGGAUUUUGUAAUCAUGGAUGGAGUU